AAAAACCACGGGAUUGAGCUCUGUCAGUGGCGCUCGCUGCUUCCAAGGGGGAAGUGCCGGGGAAUAAUUAAUGUUUUUAUUAAAUUUGGAGGGAAUUUUUUGCAGCCGACCGCCGCGCGUGGCCUUCAGGCUGAUUGGAGUCCAGAUCCCGAGGAAAUCUCCAGAUCAAAUGCCCAGUAAAUAAAACACUGAGCUAAGACUUGUGGAAGAGCUGCAGAAUGGAUGGAUUUUAUGACCAGCAAGUGCCUUACAUGGUCACCAAUAAUCCGCGUGGGAGAAACUGUAAUGAGAGACCGACAAAUGUCAGGAAAAGAAAAUUCAUUAACAGAGACCUGGCUCAUGAUUCAGAAGAACUCUUUCAAGAUCUCAGCCAAUUACAGGAGACAUGGCUUGCAGAAGCUCAGGUACCUGACAAUGACGAGCAGUUUGUGCCAGACUAUCAGGCUGAAAGUUUGGCUUUUCAUGGUCUCCCUGUGAAAAUCAAGAAGGAACCCCAUAGCCCAUGUUCAGAACUUGGCUCGGCUUGCAGUCAAGAGCAACCUUUCAAGUUCAGUUAUGGGGAAAAGUGCCUGUACAAUGUCAGUGCCUAUGAUCAGAAGCCACAAGUGGGAAUGAGGCCCUCCAACCCACCGACACCAUCCAGCACUCCUGUGUCACCGCUGCACCAUGCCUCCCCAAACUCAGCUCAGACUCCUAAACCUGACCGGGUUUUCCCUACUCAUCUCCCUCCAUCGCAGUCCAUUCAAGACAACAGCUUCCCUAUGGACCACAGAUUUCGCCGCCAGCUCUCUGAACCUUGCAAUUCUUUCCCACCUUUGCCUGCAAUGCCAAGGGAAGGACGUCCAAUAUAUCAGCGCCAGAUGUCUGAGCCAAACAUCCCUUUCCCACCUCAAGGUUUUAAGCAGGAGUACCAUGAUCCAGUUUAUGAACACAACGCUAUGGUUGGCAGUGCAGCCAGUCAAAAUUUCCCCCCUCCUCUGAUGAUUAAACAGGAACCUAGAGAUUUUGCAUAUGAUUCAGAAGUGCCUAGCUGCCAUUCCAUUUACAUGAGGCAAGAAGGCUUCCUGGCUCACCCAAACAGAACAGAAGGCUGUAUGUAUGAAAAGGGACCUAGGCAGUUUUAUGAUGACACUUGCGUUGUUCCAGAGAAGUUUGACGGUGAUGUCAAACAGGAGCCAGGCAUGUACCGUGAGGGACCCACAUAUCAACGGCGAGGCUCGCUUCAGCUGUGGCAGUUCUUGGUGGCUCUUCUUGAUGACCCAUCAAACUCUCACUUCAUAGCGUGGACUGGCCGAGGCAUGGAAUUCAAGCUGAUUGAACCAGAGGAGGUGGCACGUCGCUGGGGGAUUCAGAAAAAUAGGCCAGCUAUGAACUAUGAUAAACUUAGCCGAUCGCUUCGCUAUUAUUAUGAGAAGGGAAUCAUGCAAAAGGUGGCUGGAGAAAGAUACGUCUACAAGUUUGUUUGCGACCCUGAAGCGCUUUUUUCCAUGGCUUUUCCAGACAACCAGCGCCCCUUACUGAAGACUGACAUGGAGCGCCACAUCAAUGAGGAGGACACUGUGCCUCUGUCCCACUUUGAUGAGAGCAUGGUCUACAUGCAGGACGGUGGCUGCUGCAACACCCACCCCUAUAAUGAAGGCUAUGUCUAUUAACAACAGUGACAAUGAAGAGGGUGUUUUCCCCCUCCCUUAGGCUUCUCCUCUUUCACAAGACCCAGAGGAAAGCUGAAUCGACUUCAAUUUGUUUUUUAAAUAGUACACUAAAAGGGGCUUUUCCUGUUGCAUUACUCCUAUGGUCUGCCAUGGACAGCGCACUUUAUUUGAAAGGGGAGGGUUGGAACCUAAACGUUAUUCUGUGUAACAGGAGGAAAAGGGUGGGUUUGCUUUUUACUUAAGUUUGGGAAGGGAACAGGUUUUAAGUACAAAAAAAGCUAUAUCAUGUCUGUUUUGUUUCAUAUCAGCAUAAGAUAUUGUACAUUUUCUCUGGGUAUCCGUAGUACAGUUAAUUCUCAUUGUGCAAAAUAACCACUUGAUGAUGAUAGCAACACAGCAUGCCUAGGGCAUUUGUUUCUUGCCAUUCUUAACUGUCUUUCUGCAGUUAUAAAAGAGAAGCAAAGCAUAUGCCACAGCAUUUGAUUUAGAAGCUUGCAGUGGCAGACCUUGCACCUUGCCUCUGAAAACAACCAGAUUAUCUUGAGAGUUUUUUGGUUUGGUUUGGUUUGGUUUUUUUUUCUUUUGGUAUGGCCUCAAAACAAAUCUUGUUUAAUGACAGAGUGGCCAUAAGUACAAUGACCAAGCAGCAAAAUCCCUGACUUGAGACUGCAAGCUGCAUGCCAUAUCUGGUGCCACGUUGCUAUACAUAUAUGGCCCAUGCGAUGGCUUAGACAUUUCAAGAUCCAUUUGAGGGUAGUAAUUACAUGUGGUAGGCUUUCUGAUGAUCAUGUCAGCAUUAAAUAAAGGAUCGUGAUCAGGAGGGAGAAAACAUUUUGUAUCCUUCCAUUUCCUUUGGUACAUAAAUAAGUUAUUUAAUCAAUAGGAAUUAACUGUACUAAGUCACGUAUCUAAUUAUGCUGUUUAGACACAGCAAGCACUCCUUGAGAAAAAUAUCCAAUACACUAAAUAGGUACUUUAGUAAUUUUUAGACAUGGUACCCAUUAAUAUGCAUUUAAACCUUUUACUGCUGUGUUAUGUUGAUAACAUAUAUAAAUACUAGAUAAUGCUAAUGCUUCUGCUGCUGUCUUUUUCUGUAAUAUUCUCUUUGAUGCUGAAUUUACUAUGACCAUUUAUAAGCAAUGCUGUAACUACAGGUAGCAUUUCAGGACAAAAUAGAUGACUUGAACCAUUUAUUGCUUAGAAAAUAGCUUACGCCAUAGCUGUGCUAUAAGCAGCUUUUAUGCGCAUCCACAAAUGACUAGUAAGCUUCAGCUUGCUAAGGAAAGCUCUGCAGAACCUUUUGUAAUUUUUGGUGGAACGGAGACUUAGACAAACUGUCAAAGAAUACCAUGAAGUCGCUGUAUGACGUUGUAGUGCUGGCACUGAUGUUACCAAUCAACUUGUUUUGGACACUAAAUGUAAAUGUGAUCAGAUAUGCUCAGACGACAAUUUAAAUUUUGAGGGGGUUUUUUUGUUGUUGUUAUUUUUUCAGAUUGUUUUAUUUUUUGAGAGGGGUAAUCUUGAACACAAGCCACACACACUAUUCUGUAUGUAAAAUGAAAAAAAAUAGCCCUGACAAAACCCCCAAAAUUUUAAAUAUUUAUAAGCAAUGUUUCUGAAAUACAGUAUUUCCUAGUUUGAAGGGAGGGAGUGGGGGUAAGAUCUGGAUUUCUUUUUUUGCCCAGUGAAAUUUAAAUAGGUGUUAUAUGGAGUACU